UGUAGUCUAUUGUUUUCUACCUUCAAGAAGCUGAUGGCUAGGGAGAAGAAAACUGCUCGACCUCGACCAGGUGCUUCUGGUCUUGAGGAUUCUUCAACAGCCACAUCACCGGCUUCUCCUCCACUGCUCGAAGCUGCAAGCCAACAUGAAGUUGUAAGUGAACCUGCUGCAAGUCAACCUUCUGGAAGUGAAGCCGCAGCAUCUGUAGGUGAGGCUCCUUCUGAAAAAUCAGGUAUAAAGCGUAGCUUUGUUUGGGACCAUUUUAAAGUGUAUGAUAAGAUUGAACAUGCUAAAGAUGCUAGCGGAAAAGACAUUGAGAUAGUUCAUAAGAGAGCUUAUUGCAUCUACUGUCCUAGGGGAAAGGUUGGUGAUUUUGCUAUUGAAAGUUCUAAUGGCACUUCUGGUAUGAUUAGGCACAUUAACCAAAAGUGUAGAUAUUAUCCUCCUAAUAUGGAUAAGUCACAGAAAAAUCUUGUCGGCGAUAAAUUUAAGGGCAAUAAACUGACCAUAGUACCUUAUAAUCAAGAUGAUUAUUUAGAAGCUUGUGUAGAGAUGAUUGUCAUUGAUGAGCUGCCUUUUAGUUUUGUGGAGAAGAUAGGCUUUAACAGAUUUUGUAUUAAAGUCUGUCCUCUUUUUGAUGUUCCCUCUAGAAGGAAAUUGUGUAGGAUCUUUCUAAGUAUGUAUGAUACUUCAAAGAAGGAUUUGAAGAAGACUUUGAGGAAGUAUAGGUUGAGUCUAACCACCGAUACUUGGACUAGUGUUCAAAAUGUCAAUUACAUGGUGCUUACUGCCCAUUUUAUUGACAUAGAUUGGAAAAUGCACAAGAGGGUCAUUAAUUUCUGUGUGAUUCAAAAUCAUCAAGGGGCAACAAUAGGGAAGCUUAUUGAGUCAUGUUUAGUGCAGUGGGGAAUUGAGAAAGUCAUGUGCCUUACAGUUGAUAAUGCCUCUGCAAACAAGUCUGCUUUAGAGUGGCUUGUGUCUAGAAUGAACAAUUCUGCAUCGUACGAGCAGAUUUUGAGUGGCAAAUACAUGCAUGUGAGAUGCACUGCUCACAUCACUAACUUAAUAGUGGGGCAUGGCUUAAAGAGGUUGCAAAAGUCUGUUUUAGCAAUUAGGAAUGCAGUAAAGUUUGUGAGAUCUUCUCCAAAACGAUUGGAUUUUUUUAAGAAGACUGUGGAGAGAGAGAAAAUUCCUUGUAAGGGACUUGUGUGUUUGGAUGUCCCAACUAGGUGGAACAGCACCUAUCUAAUGAUGGAAGCAUCUUUGAAGUUCAAGAAAGCAUUUACAUUGAUGGCUGAAGAUGAAGAUAGCAGUUUUGCGAACUACUUCAAGGAACCAGAUGAAGAAUAUGAUGAAGAUGGAAAUCUUAUACCAAGCAAGAAUAAGAGAAAUAGGGUUGGACCUCCACAAGUGGAAGAUUGGCAGAAGGCUGAGGUGUUUGUGGAGUUUCUAAGAGUGUUCUACGAUGUCACAUUGAGGGUUAGUGCAUCAUUGCACCCCACUGUGCACACAACUUUCCAUGAUGUGAUUACCAUGGAAAAAAACAUAGAUAACAUGCUUUUGGGACCUCAGAUGCCUACUGGAUCAGAAACUGAGAUAAUUUUGAUCGAUAUGGCAGCCAACAUGAGAUCUAGAUGGUUCAAGUACUAUGGUUCAUUUCAUGAAAUCAAUCACAUGGUCAUCAUUGGCCUUGUAUUAGAUGCAAGGUUCAAGUUGAAGAAUGUGACUCACACCUUUCAAACUGAAGGUUUAGAUGAUGAUGAAGUGCAGAGAAGAACCUUGGAAAUUAAAACGCUUCUAUUUGCUCUAUAUGAUCAGUAUGUCAUGGUUGUAGAUGGAGGUAGACACUUGCAAAGGCAGCAGUCUCCAGGCUCUUCAUCUAGCACACUUACAAGUAGAAGCAACCACAGCAGAGGAGGAGUUAGAGGCCAGCUGCUUAAUAAUUGGAAGAAGGUUGUUCAAGAAAGCAGUGAGGCAGUCAUAGCACAUGAAGUGGAUCAGUACCUGGAUGCUCCAUUGGACCCAACUGAUGAUGAAGAUUGCUUUGACAUCCUGUGCUGGUGGAAGAUAAAUGGUUGCAAGUUUCCAGUCUUGGCAGCAAUAGCAAGGGAUGUUCUUGGAAUCCAAACCUCCACAGUAGCCUCCGAGUCUUGUUUUUCAACAGGAGGCAGAGUGAUUGACUGUUUUAGGAGCUCAUUAACUCCUAGAACAGUGGAGGGACUGAUUUGCAUGCAGAACUGGUUGCUAGGUGAUGAUAUUGCAGAGGUUGUUGAUGAUUGCUCAAUUGAAAACCUCGAGUUUUAUGAAGAAGUUGAGCAAGAGCAUGAAAGCACUGCAUCUAGCAAAACCAAUGUAUGUCCAGCUCCAAAUCCAAGAGCAAAAGGCAAGGGAAAGCUUGGGGCAGCUAGUAAUGUGAUAGAUGUUUGAACUUUGUUCAAUUCAUUUAGUUGUGUGCACAU